AUCAUCACCACCAUCAGCUCACCUGUUAUCCUCGGUGGUUGGCGGUGACGGACCUACUAUUUCUGAAGUGUGGUGGUCGCCCCUUCCUUUUGCCAGGGGUGUGAGGGACAGCGAGAGCCGGAGAGGUGACACAGGAGGCUUGACAGGAGAGACGCGGUGAGAUAAGGGACCGGCUGUGCUGUGUGCUGUUGGAAGCAGUGCUGCAGUGGAGGAGUGAGGCUGGGUAGCAGCAUGAGUGAGCAGCAGCAGUGUGCGUCAGGUGUGGGAAGGUCUGGGGAUGGUGGCUCAGAUGACCUGGUGUCAGGCAGCUCCGGCCACAAACGAAAAAGAAAGUUUGGUUGUCAGCAGUGUGAUAAAACUUUUACAUCCAGAGAAGGGCUUAGACAACACACCCUGACACACAGUGGUGCUAGAAAUUAUGAGUGUCUUGAAUGUGGAAAGAAAUUCACCCAAAAGGGUAACCUUACAAAACACACUCUGAUACACAGUGGUGUUAGAAAUUAUGAGUGUCUGGAAUGUGGUAAGAAAUUCACCACAAAGACUGAUCUCAACAGACACUCCUUGGUACAUACUGGUGUUAGAAAUUAUGAGUGUCCGGAAUGUGGAAAGAAAUUUACCCAAAAGAGUCACCUCACCACACACACCCUGAAACACAGUGGUGUUAGAAAUUAUAAUUGUCUGGAAUGUGGCAAGAAAUUCACCACAAAGAGUGAUAUCAACAGACAUGCCCUCGUACACUCUGGUGUGAGAAAUUACAAGUGUGAGGAAUGUGGAAAGAAAUUUACCCAAAAGGGCCACUUUACUGCACACAUGCUGAUACAUACUAUUAGAAAUUAUGAGUGUCUGGAAUGCAGGAAGAAAUUCACCACAAAAUCUGAGCUCACCAAACACACCCUGACACACAGUGGUGCUGCAAAUUAUGAGUGUGAAGAGUGUGGCAAGAAAUUUACUGAAAAAUCUAAUCUCACCAAACACACCCUGACUCACAGUGGUGGUAGUAGUUAUGAGUGUAUGCAGUGUGGAAAGAAAUUUACCCAAAAAGGUAACCUCACCAAACACACCCUGAUACACAGUGGUGUUAGAAAAUAUAAGUGUUUGGAAUGUGGUAAAACAUUCACCACAAAGACUGAUCUCAACAGACACACCCUGACACACAGUGGUGUUAAAAAUUAUGAAUGUCCAGAAUGUGGAAAGAAAUUCACUCAAAAAGGUCACCUCACCACACACACCCUGAAACACAGUGGUGUUAAAAAUUUUGAGUGUGUGGAAUGUGGAAAGAAAUUCACCACAAAGUCUGAUCUCACCAGACACUCCCUGACACACAGUGGUGUUAAAAAUUAUAGUGUGAGGAGUGUGGCAAGGAAUUCACCCAAAAGUGUCACUUCACUGCACACUCCCUGACACACAGUGCUGUUAGAAAUGAUGAGUGUCUGGAAUUCACCACAAAUUCUGAGGUCACCACACACACCCUGACACACAGUGGUGUUAGAAAUUAUGAGUGUCUUGAAUGUGGCAAGAAAUUUACUCAAAA